AUGGCGGAAAAGGUCCCACCUCCAGGAACCUCCGCCGACUCGCCUGCCGCGAAGCCAUGGUACUCCGUCGGCGCUGGGAUCUGGGAACUGCUUUUGAACGGAGACUCAGUGCAUAAAUCCGUUCUUCAAUGGUGGGAGCCGAACACUACAACAUCGAACACCCCAAUCACGCACGCCUUCAUCGAGGAAGUCUGUCUCUUGCAAGGGAGCCUACAGGACUUGACACUCCAGCAAGCGUGGAGUGUCGGGUCAUAUGCAUAUCGGAAGCCAGGCAUGAAGCAUGGACCGUAUCAGGCUUCUAAGGAGGGAUGUUUGAUGUUUGUGAAGGUAGUCCCAGAUGAGGGUUGA